AUGAGAGACAUUAACUUCAACAUCACGGCACGACUUGUAGAACUUAUCACCAUCUGGAUGAGGGAAGACUGGUCGGACGACCAUAAACUCUUCAUGAUGGCAAAACACAAUGCAAGAACAAAAAUUUCAGGGGAAGCUCUGGCAUUAGCACUGCUAUACUUUGAGAAAAAAUGUCUGCACAUUCAGCUCAGCUUGGAAAACCCGAGCCCCAAAGAUGUUUAUCACGAAGCGAUCCAGUGUGAUGAAAGCACUUUUCGAGUUAGUGGAAUGGUGCAAGCUGCUCUGAAGCUGAUAGCAGGAAAAGAAUGGAAGGAGCCAUACAAAAAGAAGAGAAGGCAGCAAUACCUUCUAACACCACAAUACCUGUCGAAGGUCCACACAAUGCUGGAAAAUACUAUCACUGUAUCGCUUGGAGCCGAAGAAACCGACGCCAACGACGUGACCAACGAAUUAGUGCCACGGUUGGAAAACAAGGCAACAGAUGACAUACAAGUCGCCAUUGGCAUAGCCCCUAUGGAGCACCAGACGCAUGAACAUGAAAGAAAUGGACACGCACAUACGAUAUACAACCUCAGAAGAGUUGUCAACGUGACACUAUUGCCAGAUGCACAACCAGGAGAGUGGGAUCACCCAUAUCGCUCCCUGGCAACCAGGCAGCAAUACCUUCUAACACCACAAUACCUGUCGAAGGUCCACACAAUGCUGGAAAAUACUAUCACUGGUAUCGCGUACGACAUCAAGGAUUUACCGAAGAUAGCUAUUAAUUCCGAUGUCCUUCUGAUAGUUGGAGCCGAAGAAACCGACGCCAACAACGUGACCAACGAAUUAGUGCCACGGUUGGAAAACAAGGCAACAGAUGACAUACAAGUCGCCAUUGGCAUAGCCCCUAUGGAGCACCAGACGCAUGAACAUGAAAGAAAUGGACACGCACAUACGAGUCUAUGGAAAAGAGUUGUCAACGUGACACUAUUGCCAGAUGCACAACCACGAGAGUGGGAUCACCCAUAUCGCUCCCUGGCAACCACCCCAUACGACCAGAAUGGCGUCAUCGGAUUUUAUGCUACCACGAGAUGGUAUGAUAGCAUAAGGAAGUUCUGGGUGCCACGAUGGCCGCCUCUUACCAAGAAACCGCAAAAAGAGGAAGAGACGCCGCCACAGAGGAAGCGGUUGCACGAUGACGACGAUACGGUAUACCCUCCUUGGAAAUCGAAUCCGCAGAAGCAUUGUUAUCGGGGAAAGAGACUAGCGCCUCAUCAUAAGUAA